GUAGCACGCCGAGGGGGUGUCUAACGGCCCCCAGCCUGGCGCAGACGCAGUAGCAGGCUGAGGCGGUGGCCAGGGAUCACAAGCCCUUCCUUCAGGCCUCACCUUGCCUGCCGCCUUCCUGCAUCUUCUCUCCCCUCCCCUUUGAGUGAACGGCCAUGGGCUGGGCUAGGGGAGUCUGCUGGGCCAGCCGGAGAGUGGGCGCUGCGAGAGCGAGUUUCCUGAGUCUGGGGGCGCCGGGUCCCCGCCAGCCUGCUGGCAUCCCCCUCAGGGGUCCUUGCGCUGUUACCCCCGUGUCGAGGAUGGCGACUGUCAAGGGUGAGCUGAUAAAGAACUUAACUUCAAAGGAGACCGUUCCUCGUAAUAAAAUCUCCAUUGUAGGAGCGGGGUCGGUUGGCAUGGCCUGUGCCAUCAGCAUCCUGCUGAGAGGCCUGAGCGAUGAGCUUGCCUUGGUGGAUGUCGCCGAAGGCAGACUGAAGGGCGAGGUGAUGGAUCUCCAACAUGGCAGUCCUUUCGUGAAAAUGCCAACUAUUGUUUCCAGCAAAGAUUACCAGGUCACUGCCAACUCCAACCUUGUGAUCAUCACAGCAGGUGCGCGCCAGGAAAAGGGAGAGACGCGCCUUAACCUAGUCCAGCGAAAUGUGGCCAUCUUCAAAUUAAUGAUUUCUGACAUCAUGACGUACAGUCCUAAUUGCAAGCUGAUUGUUGUUUCCAAUCCGGUGGAUAUCUUAACGUAUGUAACCUGGAAGUUGAGCGGAAUUCCCCAGAACCGUGUUAUUGGGAGUGGCUGUAACUUGGACACUGCCCGUUUUCGUUUCUUGAUCGGCCAGAAGCUCGGUAUCCACCCUGAGAGCUGCCAUGGGUGGGUCCUGGGAGAGCACGGGGACUCGAGUGUCCCGGUGUGGAGCGGCGUGAACAUCGCGGGUGUCCUUCUGAAGGAUCUGAACGCAGACAUAGGAACUGAUAAAGACCCCGAGCACUGGAAAAAUGUCCACAAAGAUGUGAUUGCCAGCGCCUAUCAGAUUAUUAAAAUGAAAGGUUAUACUAAUUGGGCCAUUGGCCUUUCCGUAGCUGAUUUAGCGGAAAGUAUUUUGAAGAACCUUAGAAGAGUGCAUCCCGUUUCCACCAUAAUUAAGGGUCUCUAUGGCAUAAAUGAAGAAGUAUCCCUCAGUGUUCCUUGCAUCCUGGGAGAGAAUGGGAUUACGGACCUUAUAAAGGUCAAGCUGACCCCCGAGGAAGAGGCUCGUCUGAAGAAGAGUGCAGAAACACUUUGGGAGAUUCAGAAGACCCUCAAGGUUUAAAGGUGUGAAAACUACCACUCGGAAGUUUCUGAAGAAGAGACCGUUAUUAUGGAUUGUAUAUGUCAAAUGUUUUAAUAAACUUAGAUUGCUAAAAGUUGGAAAGAGGAAAGGGGUAAUGCGACUGAUUUCCCUAUUUAGCCCCCCAGCUCUGUUAUUCAACAUCCAGGUUUUGUGUUUUUAGCAGUUCCUAAGUGACUGCAUCAAAGAUGUGUUUUUUUCUACCACUAAUAUACCUAUACUUACUUAAAUUUAUAUGUAGUUGCCAUUUGGUCCAAAAGAAUGUGGGGUGUGUUUAUUGUGUUGUACAAAUUUAUUAUUUUCAUUAAGUACAUGUUAAUUUUUUCAUUCUGACUAGCUUAUGUAUUAAUUAUUUUUUUAAGUUAUAACUCUCUACAGUGAAAAAAUAAAUGUACAGAAGUACUUUUUGUAAUGGA